UCUGCAUGCCCUGUAGGAUAAAUCCAGCCUCUCCUCUCUUCUCGUCCUCUCUUUCUUUCUGCCUCUGUCUCUCUUACACACACAUUUACAGGUGCUGCUCUCUGGCAACCCUCUAUCACAUACACACUCACAUACACUUAGUUAAAACACACAAACUCGUCACAGGGUUGUUGUUGGCCCACUUUUCUGGUGCUGCAGAUCCAAACAUUUUGCCUUCAUGGAGGAUUACCACAAACCUGACCAACAGACAGUGCAGGCGCUGAGGAACAUUGCCAACCGCCUCCGAAUCAACUCCAUCAAGGCGACGACUGCAGCAGGCAGCGGACACCCGACAUCAUGCUGCAGCGUGGCAGAAAUCAUGUCUGUGCUUUUCUUCCACACCAUGAAGUACCGCCCUGAAGACCCAAGGAACUUCAACAACGAUCGCUUCAUCUUGUCCAAGGGUCACGCUGCCCCUGCUUUGUAUUCCAUGUGGGUUGAAACAGGUUUCCUGAAAGAGAGCGACCUGCUCAGUUUGUGCCAGGUUGACUCUUCCCUGGAGGGCCAUCCAACCCCUAAACAACAAUUUGUGGAUGUAGCCACUGGAUCGCUGGGGCAGGGUCUUGGUGUGGCCUGUGGAAUGGCUUACACUGGGAAAUACUUUGAUAAGUCCAGUUACCGUGUGUACUGCCUGCUAGGAGAUGGUGAGAUGUCCGAGGGCUCUGUCUGGGAGGCCAUGUCCUUUGCCUCCUACUACCAGCUUGAUAACUUGGUGGCGAUCUUGGACAUUAACCGUUUGGGCCAGAGUGACCCUGCACCCCUGCAGCAUCAUGUAGAAAAAUACCAGAAGCGUUGUGAGGCAUUUGGGUGGCAUGCUAUCAUUGUGGAUGGACACAGUGUGGAAGAGCUUUGCAAGGCUUUGAGCCAGCCACGUCAUCAACCUACUGCAAUAAUUGCUAAAACCAUCAAAGGCAAGGGCAUCCCAGCUGCGGAGGAUAAGCUCGGGUGGCAUGCCAAAGCUCUGCCCAAAGACAUGGCUGAGAUGGUUAUGAAGGAUCUGCAGAGUCGCAUUAUGAACAGCAGUAAGCACCUGUACCCAACGGCUCCCAUCGAGGACUCCCCACCUGUUAGCCUGAGGAACAUCAGGAUGCCGAGCGCACCAAGCUACAAGCUUGGAGAAAAGAUUGCUACUCGGAAGGCAUAUGGAAUGGCACUGGCAAAGUUGGGCCGCUACAAUGAGCGUGUUGUGGCCCUUGAUGGAGACACCAAUAACCUCACCUACUCUGAGAUCUUUAAGAAUGAGCACCCUAACCGCUUUGUUGAGUGUUACAUUGCUCAGCAGAACAUGGUCAGUGUUGCCAUGGGAUGUGCUGCACGAGAGAGGAACGUAGUAUUUGCCAGUACUCUUGCUUCCUUUUUCACUCGAGCCUAUGACCAGCUGCGCAUGGCAGCAAUUUCCGAAAGCAACAUCAACUUGUGUGGCUCCCACUGUGGUCUAUCCACUGGAGAGGAGGGCCCCUCUCUGAUGGCUCUAGAAGACAUGGCUAUGUUUAGAGCCCUUCCCACAGCAACCAUUUUCUACCCCUGUGAUGGUGUAUCCACAGAGAAGGCUGUGGAACUGGCUGCAUCAACAAAGGGUAUCUGCUAUAUCCGAAACAGCCGCCAAGAGAGCGCCAUCAUCUACAACAGCAAUGAGGAUUUCCAUGUUGGACAGGCAAAGGUGGUGUACCAGAGCAAAGAGGACCAAAUUACUGUGGUUGCAGCUGGAGUGACUUUGCAUGAAGCCCUUGCUGCAGCUGAACAUCUAAAGAAAGAGAGGAUCUCUGUCAGAGUCAUCGACCCCUUCACAAUCAAACCACUGGAUGUUAAAACCAUCAUGGACCACACACGAGCUACCAGGGGACGAAUCCUCACUGUUGAGGACCACUACUAUGAAGGUGGUUUGGGGGAGGCAGUGUCCUCAGCAAUGGUCAAUGAGUCUGGCUUCAAUCUGCACCGUCUGGCUGUUUCCCACAUUCCCCGCAGUGGCAAACCACACGAGCUGCUCAAGAUCUACGGCAUUGACCGUGAUGCCAUCGCCCAGGCCAUCCGCAAGAUGCUUAGCAGCUCUACCAAUGCCAAGUAAUUUUCCUCAUGCCCCACCCACCUCUCGGAUUACAUCCCUGUGGAUGAAUAUAAGCAGUCAAGCAUAUUUUUGAUUUCACAUGACACCCAGCUCUCUAAAGUCAUUCACUGUGAAUACCCCUAAACGUGAUGUAUUGUGAUUUUUUUGUGCAGUUCACCUUGAAGUAGUUUCCAUUAACCUUCCUUUUGUGCAUUCAUAACACCGUACACAAACACAAAAAUACACAAAUUCAAACACACAUCCUCACUCAUAAUCUUAACAUAUUCAUGGUUUUAAAUAAAAUGCUGCCAUAGCUGGUGGAAUCUCACUUUACAAAACAAUCCAUUGUUUCGUCUUCAACAUGUGUGAUGCUUUGAACAGUUUUCAAAUGCUCAUUUUUUUACCUUAUUAAACUGGAGAUGGUUGUGUAUUGUUCUGAUGUUGCUCUUGGGGUGGGGCAUAGUUUUAAUAUGGGUGUUUGUCAUGACGACAGUAACAGAAAGAAACAAACUGAGUUGUUGUUUGUAGAAGGUAGUGGAAAAAUAAAUAAACAAAUGUAAGAAGGUUAUUAGGAGCAGUCAAACAAAGCCAACAAUUCAACUUUUGUGUUUGCAAACCCUUUCCUUUCAGCACUCUUUUUAUUAUUGGUUUUAAAAGGUACCCUAAACAAAUACACCUCAGGGCUGCAGGUCCAUCCAGUGCUGAUAGAGUAGGACUAAAAGAGAAUAUGGCUGCAAAUAUGAAGAUAGAUAGUUACAUCUGACUUGUGAACCUAAGAAAAAACACUUUCUUUGUUACUUGAAAUUUUGUAUGUCCCAUACUUUCAUGUAAUAAAGCCCUCUGCAUUUGA